AUAAAUCCAAUACCAAAGAAGGCUGCCAUGCUGACCUUAGUCAGAAUUCUGUUGAUUUCAACUUUGUUCAGUUCACCACUAUUUGGGAGCUAUGGGGACGAAAAUCCAGAAAUAAACACAACACAAAGCAUUAGAGAAAGUUUGAAAACAGUGGGAAAUCAACCUAUUUCUUUGGUGAGUGAAGCCACUUCAAAUCCAAAUGAGAAAAAUCUGAACACCUCAAAUCCUAUCACAAGUCAUUCCCCUCUUUUGGACCUAUUGAAUGACAUGCAUGCAAUGAAAAAUAUUUCCCAUAACUUGUCAACAGAGACCUUUUCGGGGACUCCAAAACCCACAUCCAUGUUUUCUACAACCCCUGUUUUGGUGCACGGGUAUGUUUCUAAAUUGCCUUGGAAUGCAUCUAUAACAGACAAAAAUCCUUUGCUGGUGUCUUCUCCUGAUACUACACCUACCGUACCUCUAGAAAACUUCACUUGGUCUUUGGCCAAUGAUACCACGAAACCUCCUGACAAUAGUUCCAGUACAGUUGGCCUCCUUCCUCCAGAACCAACUAGCAAGUCUGUGACACCUGGGAUAGUAGAACAAACUGGAUGGCUUACCACAGACAGCGAAAGCUUUGCUGGAUUCACCCCCUAUCCAGAAAAAACCACUCUACAGCCGACCUUAAAAUUCACCAAUAAUUCAAAACUCUUCCCAAAUACGUCAGGUCCCCAAAAAGAGAACAGAAGCACAGGAAUCAUAUUUGGGGCCAUUUUAGGUGCUAUUCUGGGUGCCUCCUUGCUUACACUUGUUGGCUACGUGUUGUGUGGAAAAAGGAAAAUGGAUUCAUUUUCCCAUCGGCGACUGUACGAUGACAGAAAUGAACCAGUGCUGCGAUUAGACAAUGCACCAGAACCUUAUGAUGUGAGUUUUGGAAAUUCUAGCUACUACAACCCAGCUGGGAAUGAUUCAUCCAGGCCGGAAGGCCGAGAAGAUGCCCGGGAUAGCAUUCCCAUGGAUGAUAUACCUCCACUUCGCACCUCGGUGUAA